CUUUGUUUUCUUCGUACGGCCGUGUGCAAAUUUCUGCAGAAAGUGCAACUCGACGCGUGAAAACCGAUAUCCUUGCAAUUAUUCACAUUCAAGAUUUAUCUCUAUCUCCAACCAAACCGAAUAUUAGUGUAUUUUAUCUUCGUGAAGCUCAAAGUUUCGCCUCUCUAUCGAAAACGUACCGUUCCACCGCGACAAACACAGCUAGGCAUUGUGUACGCAGAGUGUGUUUGUUUAUCCAUGGUGUUUUUUCGAUACACACUUUGUCGUGUGCGUUGCCCAAACAAUCAGCGAGAGCGUCGUACAUUGGCCUUCCCACACACGGGGGGCGUGCGUGAAAAGUGCAACAAGUAACUAGGGAGACCGGGAAAGGCGAAGCAACGGAAGGAAGCGGUGAGGUUGACACAACACAACAACAGCGCGUCCCCGUAGUACCGUAGUCAGUGGGACCAGGCGUAAAAAUAGCAUUUUUUCGUAUUUUCGUUCGCGUGCGGUUUUCGGCAAAGGCAACAAACGUAAAAGGUCUGACACCCUUCCGCGUCUAACCCCGCGCCAUCGUUUGAAUCUAGUGGUUGGUCAUAACAACAGUGCACCAGCAAAGCAACCCGAGACGAAAAAGGGAAGGAAGGAAGAAAAAAUACACACACACUCGUUCGGGUAGUUGUCGCUGUCGUCGUCGACGUCGUCGCGUUUCGGGUUUUGGUGCGUGCCGACGGACGCACGCCAGUCAGUAAAAUUACGCUGUGGCAAGUGGUCCUACGACGCACGAUUAUGGUGGGACAGCGAAAGUUUCAGCUGAGCGAGGUGGCCGCCCUCCAGCGGGACCACGUCAAGAUCCGCGAUCCGGCCCGCGUCGAGCUGAUGCUGAACGAGCUGGUGGCGGGCGGCAAGGAGAAGCUGCAGGUGGUGACCGAUUUCGAUUACACAAUCACCAAGCAGCGGCUCGCGAACGGCGAGAAGGUGCUGACGAGCUUCGGCAUGUUCAACGAGUGCAAAUCGAUCCCGCAGGAUGUGAUACUGGAGCAGCGCAACCUCUACCACAAGUACCGGCCGAUCGAAAUCGACCCGCACAUGGCGCAUGAGGAAAAGGUGGUCUACAUGAUUGAAUGGUGGGCCAAAACGGGCGACCUGCUGCGAGGCUUCAAGCUACCUCAGGAAGACAUCGACGAGGUAGCAAAACGGUACAAGGAUGGGCUGCGCGAUGGCACGCACGACAUGUUCAAGGAGCUGCACGAGCUGAACGUGCCCUGUCUUGUGUUUUCAGCCGGUCUGGGCAACUGCGUAUCGUCCGUGUUGAAGCACGCCAACGUCAUGUACCCAAAUGUAAAGCUAGUGUCUAAUUUCCUGCAGUUCAGCGAAAAUGGCAUGCUAAACGGUCUGCAGAAUCCAAUGAUUCACACGUUCAACAAAAACGAAACCGUCCUUGACGGUACCGAGUACUACGACAUUGUACACUCGCGCGACCACGUCAUAGUGAUGGGCGAUUCGCUCGGAGACGCCGGAAUGGCCAGCGGUGUGCCAUCCUCCUCCCACAUCCUGAAGAUAGGAUUUCUGUUCGAUCAUCCGGAACUGAAUCUACCUCGGUACAUGGACGCGUUCGAUAUCGUGCUGGUGGACGAUCAAACGAUGGACAUCCCGCGGGCAAUUGUGGACAUGGUAAAGAAGCAAUCGCACGAGUGAGCUAGCAGCUAUUGUCCCGAGCAAUAGCACCUUGCAUUCAAUGGUCGCUCAUCGUUUCGAACGGUUUUCGGAGCGUGUGGCCAUCCAUCACAAAGCCAUCGUCGCUGGCCUGGCGACUGGCGCACCAUCCGGCCUCGGUUGACUUAAUUAUACUGUGCGUUACUACUUUACUGCCGGGAAUGUAUCUCAACGUUUUCAGCGCGAGGACAAACAACGUGAGUUGGUUGCGUUUUUGUUCCAGUGUUUGUGAUCGAUUUUCGAUAGGAAGUUCUGUUGAUUUGGUUCCGUCUUGUAAUGUUUUUUUUUUUUUUUCAUACAUCAUGACACAUUUCUGAGCAUUUUGUAAGCGUUUCACGCUAGGUCAGAAGAUUCGUUCGAAGUAAGUGUGAAGUUAAAGGAAAAUAUAAAUUCUGGACUAA